UUCAAAGGAAGGGAACGUUUAAAUCUGAUAAUUAAGAUCAAGAUCACAGGAAACCUGCGACCGCAAACUUGUGGCAAACCAUUGUUUACUCGAGUAGCUUAUCAUUGUCGGAAUAACACUAAUUCCGGUUCCUCAAAAAAUUAUCUAGAACUAGAGCGUCAUUAUUCUUGAAUCCAUUGCGAAUUUGCGGUUCAUCAUAUUCUUUCAAUUUGUAUUAUUAGAAUCGACAUCUUAUUAAUACGACGCGACACUCAACCUACCAGCAAAUCACAAUCAAUUCAUAUCUCAAAUAUCAAGAUGUCUACAACUCAACCAUCUCAAUUUACUCAACCCGAUCCCACCAAUCCAAGAACUACCCCUCUCCUCCAUAAUGCAUCUCUCGCAGCCCUCAUCGUUUGUCCAAUCGUCAUGUUUAUCCCACCCCGCAAAAUGGAUGUCUAUACUUUCGCUCUUAUGACUACCACAUUUAUUGGUGGUAAUCACUUAGCCUACGAAUAUACCGGUGUCUCAAUGAUGACCCGCAUACAGAAUCGUGUAUCAUCUAUCUCAACUACGGAAUUACCUGAAAAGGCAAAAGAAACUCAGAGAAGAAUACGAGAGGCGCAAGAAAAGAAAAGAAUGGAGGAGAGUGGAAAGUUUCUAGGACAGACUUUUAAAUCGCAGGACGAAGGUACAAAGGGCAAGAGUGUACUUGAAGCAUUAGAAAAGAGAAGCGCUGGUCAACCAACUUCUGGAAAGGUUCAGGCAGAGGAGAAAGAAGGUGUUUUGGAAAAAAUUUGGCUAGGUGGCGAAGGGAAAGACUGGAAAGAAAAACGAGAUCAAAAGGAGAAGGAAGCUCUGGAAGCAGGCAAAGGGUAUGGUGAUCUGAUUAUGGAACAAAUAUGGGAAGUAUGGAAUAGAGGAGAGAAGAAGAUGGAAGAGGUCAAGAAGAUUGACGAGAAAGUGGUAGACGAGAAGAAGAAAUGAAGGGUAGUGUAAUUAUACUUUCUAGGCGGAACGGGUAUUGUAUGAAUCUAAGCUGGACUGGGCAAGGCGUUCAAGGUGCAACAGGUAUGAUGCUGAAUCGGUGUAGAUCUAUCAGAUCUCGGAGGUUUGGAUUCAUCUGCGGAGGAUACAUCGGAAGAUUAAACUGCGUCCACUCAAUAUCUGGUGGGAGUAAUAUGAAAUGGUCUCUAAGAAUCGCGUCAUUUAUUUCGGCGCUACUCCUCCUCGUUUUGCUACACAAUACAGUUAUACGUUACCACCUGGUGAGCAGACUUGAGAUACCCGGAAAAUUGAAUUGACAACAGUCAGUCGCGCAUGAACUCUAUCCAUCUAUUCACCUCCACGUCACGUUCAUCGGAUCCCUUGAUGAUGAACUCAGCCCGCCGACAUGCAAUGUCAUUGUUGCAUGAAGGGAUCCUUAGGGAUUUUUAGUUCACCCAUAAGGCGAGAUUUCGACGAUCAUCACAGGUUCGUAACUCAAUACAGGCACUAUUUUUCACCACAAAUGUUAUCUGCGACAUUGAGAAAACUCUCGUCACCCACAGACCUUCUUCUACUAAAACUCUAAACCAAUCAAUAACCUGACAAGGCAUUCAUUAUAAGAGGAAAGUUCUCCAAAAUCCACAAUUCGCACGGACAAUGGAG